AUAUGAGUUGUCUGGAAGAAUCCCAUAUUAAUACAUUUUUGUUGUUGUUCUUCAUCUUGCUACCCACUCUUUAGCCAUGCCUCCAUCCGUGUUUCCAGUCGCUGAAAAAUACCAGUACCAAAACGGUUUUGGUUGUUAUCAUGAGAGUGAAGCUAUUCCGGGAGCGCUCCCCGUAGCCGCCAACUCGCCACAGAAGCCCCCGUACGGCCUCUACGCCGAAAAGUUCUCGGGCACUGCUUUCACAGCUCCGAGACACUCCAAUCUUCAGUCGUGGCUGUACCGCAUCUUGCCGGCCGCUGCGCAUCGCCCGUUCGAACUGUCCAAGACGCAGCCCUCGGGUCAUUCACUACAAGGCAGUGUACCGCAGUUCACGCAGGUCCCGAAUCAGCUGCGAUGGGAUCCCUUUGACAUCGCCGACGACGCUGAUUUCGUCACCGGGCUGCGGCUUGUUGCUGGAGCUGGCGAUCCUGCCGUUAAGUCUGGUUUGGCCAUCUACGUGUACGGCGCCGGCCGCAAUAUGAAUACCCAACAAGCGUUUUACUCGGCCGAUGGGGAUUUUCUCAUCGUCGCCCAGCAUGGCGCACUGGAUAUCCAAACGGAGUUUGGAAAGCUCCUUGUACGACCUGGCGAGAUUGCCGUGAUCCCUCGAGGAAUCCGCUACAGGGUUGAGUUGGUGGAGGGCCCUAGCCGUGGCUACAUUCUGGAGCUCUUCGAGGGGCACUUCCAGCUUCCUGAGCUGGGCCCUAUCGGAUCUAAUUGUCUGGCGAAUGCGCGAGACUUCCAAGCGCCGGUGGCUGCGUACGAGGAUAACGAGACCGAGUGGCGCAUCACAGCCAAGUUUGGCAACAGGCUCUUCGAUGCCGCGCAGGAUCAUAGUCCGUUUGACGUAGUAGCGUGGCAUGGCAACUAUUAUCCCUACAAAUACGACCUCGGGAGAUUCAACACAGUCGGCAGCAUCAGCUACGACCACCCGGACCCAAGCAUUUUCACUGUACUCACAGCUCCAAGCCCAAUUGCAGGUACAGCAGUCGCCGACUUUGUCAUCUUCCCGCCGCGGUGGCUGGUCGCCGAAAACACGUUCCGUCCGCCGUGGUACCACCGCAACACCAUGUCAGAGUUCAUGGGCCUGAUCUCCGGCGACUAUGAUGCCAAGGCCGCAGGAAAGGGCGGCUUCCAGCCCGGCGGCGCGUCGCUGCACAAUGUCAUGGGUGCUCACGGGCCGGACUCGCAGACGUUCGAAAAGGCGAGCAACGCCGAGUUGGUGCCGCAAAAGGUUGGAAGCGGAAGCAUGGCGUUUAUGUUUGAGAGUUCGUUGAUGCUGGGUGUUACUGAGUGGUCACUCAACAGGUGCCAGAAAGUGCAGGAGCUGUAUAACGAGCACAGCUGGGGGCAGCUCAAGAGAAGAUUUUCGCCACCUGGUUUGUCAUUGUAGGUAUCGAGAAUAAUCCGAGACGCUAGAGUUAUUAUUGUCGUGUUGGAUGGUCUGAGAUGCCAUGCGGGUGCUAUCUCGGAAUGAUUCAAGAAGUUAUCCUUUGAUCCAAGCAGCCAUCAACGAAAUGAG